GGUGAUGCUAUGUGCCUCCAAAUUCGAUGCUCUUCCUUCAAAAAGGAAAGAGCAUUCUUGGAAUUCCUAUGCCAUAAUCUUUAUCUCCCGGAUGAUAUGACCAUGUUUUUUGCCCGUCCCAUCCUUUAUGUUUGACCCGACACCUUUACAGUUUGAUGCAACAAUGGUGCUUGUUUGUAACAGGUCAGAUGGCAGGGCCAUGGCCUCUCGGCAGGCUAAAGCUUCAACCGUAGUGACACAUUUGCAAGUGGAUCUGCAAGGUCGACAGGGUGGGCUGUGGGAUUUUAGACCGGCCAUAUACGACAGGAAAUUACAGAUGAGACUAAGAAAGAAAAGCCCAACAAAACUCGUCCCGACCCGUCUAGCCCAACAAACAAUGCACCUGAUUCUCAAGAUUGUCUCAAAAAAAAACCUGUUCUCAAGGGGGGAAAACGCACCUAGGGGACACUGGGACAGACGCGCCGAGCCCUUGUGCGUCCCCGACCUCGGCGGCUCGGCUCCCGAUCUCGCUGGCUGUCUCGCCGGACGCCGUCAGCCGUCGCUGUCUGCCUCGUCAUCGCUAGACGCCCAGGAGCCGCCCCGCCCGCCCAGCGCUCGGCGCUACUGCGCUUCCCUAGCGCCCCUGCAACCGCCCAGUCCGCCCUCCACCGAUUCCGGCACUCGGCCGGCAGUAAGCCUUGAGCUCGAUUUGAGGACUGAAGGUGGCCCACUGGAUUAUUUGUUUCUAGCUCAGCCACUGCCUCAGAAUAGUUUAGGACCUGAGAAGUCCUUUACUCCAUUAGGCAAAACAAUGGAGGACUGUGCAGCCACCCCUGUUCGCCGCCCUGCCGACCCCUCUUCCCCAUCCCCAACCCCAACCCCAUCUCCCUUAUCUCUGCGCCAGUGGCGCCCAGCGGCGCAGCGCAACCUGCGCAACCAGUGGUCGCGCCUGCUUGCCGCCAAGACCCGGUGGCUGGACGCCGCCGCCAGCGGCCGCUCCCAUGCCGCCACGCUCGUCAACGCCUACCUCUCCCGCAGUUACAUGCCAGGGAUGGAUUUGGGGGUGCUCAAGGGCAUGCCCAGGAUCCGCGACAGGGCGAGCGCCAAAUUGACCCACAAGGAGGUGCAAUGCCGCGAGAUGCUUCUAUCAGCCUACAAGGAGAUGGUCUGUGCCAUGUCCGACUUGGUUAAAGCUUCUCAUGCCAUGCGGUGUUUCUCCAAAGUAUCUUCUGGUAGCCCACUAGUCCGAUUUACUGAUCGGCAGGAUGAUUUGAAUGAUUUAGGGGAUGGUGGAGGAGCUCCAGUAUACAGAUGGAUCUCCAUGUUAGAAUUUGAAAACCUCGCCAAAGAGCUUGUUGAGAUGUUUGUUUCAGAGCUACGAUUGAAGAGGAUUGGCCUGGGGUCUGGAGACAGCUUCCCACUACCUGAGAAUUGGAAGGCUGAUGUCUUACAGGCACAGCGACCUGGACAUACCCCAUCCCAUGAGGUUUUACAGGUUUAUUUAACCUCUUGGCUUGCUAAUGUGAACAUCAAGACGAGUAGAAUUGACGAAAUAUUUGAGCUUGUUGAGGAAGAGAUGCAGAUCAAAUUGCGUUGAAGAUUUCGAUUCAUAGAAUUUAAGUGGGAACCAUUCGGGAAUGUUCAGGGGUUCUUUUUCAUUAACGGAAGUGAUUUAGGCUAUUUAGCCAGUGUGAUCUUCCCUAAGAAAGAGGGCUCAUAUAUAAUACUUCUCAAAUGCAUUACUGUUAGCUUGAAUACAGUUUGUGUAACAAGGCUGAGCCACGAGCCCACCGGCUCCUCAAAAUCCA